AUGGACGAAGGCAUUGGAAUGUUGCUCCUCUUGGAGGACAAGAUGAAGUUGACCAUUGGAAUCGAAGGAUUGGAGCUCAACGGUGCGGAUCUUUUGGACAAGACAAUGACGCCAAGUCCUCGACUGAUCAUCAACAGACCCUGCUGCAAACAAGUCAACUCGCUCCUCCUGUGCUCCUUUCUCUGGCACAUACCCUUCUACAACGUCCUUUGGGCCGAGCUCUCCAACGACCAGAUCAUAAUCGACUACGCCUAUCACGCUUCGAAGACAUUGAUCAAACCUAAGAAAUGGGUUUUCACGCUUGCCAAGGACGACGAGUCGACCAGCGGUACACCAGCCGAGAUUUUCGUCAAGACUCUCAUGACACGCGCCUAUGGUGAUGCGCAGUCUCAGAAACGCGCCUACGUGUUGAUCAACCCGAACUCCGGUCCUGGCGGUGCUAUCAAGCAGUGGGAGACAGAGGUGAAGCCGCUCUUCCAGGCUGCAAAGAUGCCGAUUGACCCCGUGAUAUUGAAGCACGGUGGAGAAGCCGUUGAACUGGCGCAAAACGCCGACUUGUCCAGAUACGAUACUAUCAUGGCAUGUUCCGGUGAUGGAACACCGCACGAGAUUUUCAACGGCCUUGCUAAGCGACCCGAUGCUGCAAGAGCGCUUUCUACGAUGCCUGUCAGCCAUAUCCCUUGUGGCUCAGGAAAUGCAUUCUCUUGCAACUUGUACGGAUCUCAUCGACCUUCUUUCGCCGCCCUCGCCAUCAUCAAGGGUGUCGUGACUCCGAUGGAUUUGGUGUCAGUCACUAGUGGCCACAACCGCAUCAUUUCGUUCCUAUCCCAGACGCUCGGCCUCAUUGCAGAAUGUGAUCUCGGCACAGAGCACAUGCGAUGGAUGGGCAGUGCGCGUUUCGAGGUCGGUGUCGUUCAGCGCAUGUUUAAGAAGAAGUGCUAUCCCUUUGACCUGGCUGUCAAGGUAGAGAUCGAAGACAAGGGCGAUGUCAAGGCUCAUUACAAGCAUCACGCAAGCUCUACGAGUCUGAAUCAUCUAGCUAAGAAGCUUGAUGCAGACCCCGUAGCUGAAGAUGCAGGUUUGCCGCCGUUGAAGUAUGGCACGAUCCAGGAUGAUCUCCCUGAAGGAUGGGAGUUGAUCCCCUAUGACAACGUCGGCACAUUCUACGCUGGUAACAUGGCUUAUAUGUCACCUGAUGCUCCCUUCUUCGCUGCCUCACUCAUCUCGGAUGGUUUGAUGGACCUCGUCACUAUCGACGGUGAUCUGCCUCUCUUCACAGCUAUCAGGGUCCUUCUCGAUGUUGAAGCUGAGAAGCUGUUUGACAACCCCCAUGUCACCUACAAGAAGAUCUCAGCUUACCGCAUCAUUCCACGGGAUCAAGAGGACGGCUAUAUCAGCAUCGAUGGUGAGAAGUGCCCAUUCGGACCUUUCCAGGCCGAGAUCCACCAGGGCCUUGGGCGAGUCAUCUCCAAGUCUGGCAAAUAUGAGGCCGCGGGACCCAAGAACUGGGACAAGGUGACACUAGCCGACCGUAUCCAUGGAUGA